AUGGCGGAUGCUACAUCCUCAACGCGGCAAUUGUCUUCAACUAUGGAAGAAGAACAAAGUACACGGAACACAACAGAGCUUCAAAACAUCCAGGCAGCAUAUAGACUAAAUGGAAAAAAUUAUUUGAAGUGGUCUCAAUUGGUUCGAACAUUCCUGAAAGGAAAAGGAAAGUUGAGUCAUCUAUUGGAAAUAGCACCGGAUAGUGAAACGGCGGGGUUUGAAGCAUGGGAACAAGAGGAUUCAAUGAUCAUGUCUUGGUUAUGGAAUUCCAUGAUUCCUGAAAUCAGCGAUACAUGUAUGUUUCUUCCUACAGCAAAGGCAAUUUGGGAUGCCCUUCAUCAGACAUAUUCCAAGGUUAAUGAUGCAGCUCUUAUCUAUGACAUCAAGACAAAGACAACUGGAGCAAAACAAGGAACAAAAACAGUGACGGAGGCACUUGCUUUGAACUGUAGCAAAUGUGCAGUGUUUAUCAAGAAGUUCAUAGAAAGGGAUCGAGUUUAUGAUUUUUUGGCUGGCCUAAACUCUGAAUUCGAUCUUGUACGAAUUCAAAUUCUGGGCAGGCCAGAGUUUCCUUCUUUAACAGAAGCAAUAUCCCAAGUACGUGGAGAAGAAAGUCGCAGGGGUAUUAUGUUAGAGCUACCUUCAAUAGAAAAUUCAGCCCUUUUAAGUUCCAAAUCUCAGCGGUUGGUACUGAACAAGGUUGCUGCGGACAAGACCAAUCAAACAAGUGGGCAAAAGAAUCGCGAGGAGUUGUGGUGCACAUACUGCAAGAAACCACGACACACCAUAGAUCAAUGCUGGAAACUACAUGGGAAACCACCCACUCGUGAAUGGGGACAAAAAGGUGGCCAGCAAAGGCAGGCUCAUAUGUCGGUUCAAGAUCCAACUCAAGUGAUUGGAGGGUUUAGUAUGGAGGAAAUUGAGAAGCUUAAAAGUAUGUUAGAGACAGUUGACAAACCAGCAACUAACAAUUCUCAAUCAAGGAAUCCGGGACCGGGGCUCGGGGAAGAGGAUUGGACUAGCUAAGGAGCAU